AUGUUGCACACGAGGUUUACAGUCUCUCUCUUGGUCCUUCUACUGAUGGUCAGGUGUGUCGCACAGGACGAAACCCCAAGUAAAGGCUGUGUUUGUGGAUACCCUGGAAUACCAGGGGACCCUGGACACAACGGUGCACCUGGCAGAGAUGGCCGAGAUGGACUGAGAGGUGACAAAGGUGAUCAAGGCGAAGUUGGCCCUAUUGGACAAACAGGCAAUGAUGGCCACAGGGGAGACAAAGGGGAGCCUGGAGCAGUUGGUCCAGCAGGGCUCAAAGGAAAAAGGGGAGAUAAUGGAGAACGGGGGCUUCCUGGGAAAAUGGGACCCCAAGGGGUCCAAGGGCCUAUUGGGCUGAAAGGAAAUAAGGGAGAGCUCGGGCUGCCUGGAUCCCAAGGACCUAAAGGCGAUUUUGGGCCUCCUGGACCAAAGGGUACCAAGGGGGAAAUUGGCCUUCGAGGUGACAGAGGUAUUCAGGGACCACUGGGACCCCCUGGCAGGCCAGGGCCUAAAGGGGAACUUGGUGUUCCAGGUCACAAAGGCAAUAUUGGUUAUCGUGGGGACAGGGGUACCCGAGGAGAGAAAGGUGAUAAGGGUGAGAAGGGAGAAGAACUUGUUAUCUCUAAAAGCGCCUUCUCCGUGGGACUCACAACACAGUCUAAACUCCCAACACCUCAUGCACCAAUCCGGUUUGACAAGAUUAUCUACAAUCAGCAGAACCACUACGAUGCACAAACAGGAAGAUUCACAUGCUCUGCAGCAGGAGCCUAUUUCUUCACCUACCACAUCACUGUCUUCUCCAGAAACGUGAAGGUCGCUCUCGUGAAGAAUGGUGCCAAGAUCAUCCACACCACGGACAACUACCAGAGCAGCGAGGACCAGGCAGCAGGGGGCGCUGUGCUGCACCUGGACGUGGGGGACAAGGUGUGGCUGCAGGUGGUUGGGGGAGAGCUGUACAAUGGGCUCUUUGCUGACGAAGAUGAUGACACUACAUUCUCUGGAUUCUUAAUCUUUGGGGUCUAAAUUAGGCAUAAUAACUUUCUAAUCACUGUUGUCAAAUAAAGAAACAAAAUCAGUGAAAAGAGAUCAGCCUUCUUCUAAACUUUAGUUGAUUAUGUAAUGCAUUGUGCAUUUACUCAACUGCUGUAAUUGAUUACAAAUUUGCAUACAUGAACUUUACUUGAGUAUUUCUAUUCUAUGCCACCCAAGACUUUAUACUCCACUGCAUUAUUUGAUUAUACUGUGGUUACU